CGUGUGUCUCUGUGCCCACCCAUGUGGUGCUGUGACCAUCUGUGUGUCUCUGUGACCUCCCAUGUGGCCCUGUGACCAUCUAUGUGGUGCUGUGCCCACCCAUGUGGUGCUGUGACUGUCCCUAUGGCGCUGUGCCCACCCGUGUGGCUCUGUGCCCACCCGUGUGUCUCUGUGUCCACCCACGUGGCUCUGUGCCCACCCGUGUGUCUCUGUGCCCAUCCCUACGGCGCUGUGCCCACCCGUGUGGCCCUGUGGCUGCCACCCCGGGGGGUGACCCCGCGCGGUGUCCCGCUGUCCCCAGGUGGAGCCUGCCCAACGCCGAGCGCUACGCCCUGCAGUACGCGGACGGGCGCCAGACCUACAUCACCGAGUCGAACCGCCGGGAGAUCAAGAACGGGAGCAUCUUGCGGCUGACCACCUCCCCGGACCAAGAAGCAGAGCGGUUAUACAACGGGAUCCAGAGUAACAACUCGGAUGUGAAGACUGACUCACUGAAGAAGCUUGCAAGCCUCUCCCAGGACGUUACCUUCGCUCAGGAAUUCAUCAACAGGAAUGGCUUGAAGCUCAUCUUCUAUAUUGUGGAAGAAGGAAAUGCUACAGGGGAGAUGCUGGCUCAUACCUUGAAGGCCUUCAUGGAGCUGAUGGAGCAUGAUUUUGUUUCCUGGGAGACACUUAGUGCAGCCUUCAUCAAGAAGAUAGUGAGUUACGUCAACAUGAACGCGGUGGAUGCAUCUGUCCAGCAGCUCUCCUUGUCUAUCCUGGAGAACAUGGUGCCCACCAGUCCCCUCCUCUUCGAGCUCGUCAAAAAAGAAGUGACGCUGGAUCGUCUUCUCACCCACCUGCAGGUAACAGGGAUCGUGAGCCACUCCAACUUCUUCUUCCUCCUCUUUCUCAUACCUCUGCACCUCUUCAGCCUGGAGGUUUUUCUCUCUCAAGAAUGGAGAGGCUCAUGCCCAGGCAGGAGUCUUCUGCUCACCUUUGGUUUUCCUGCAGCUCCAAGAUGCUGCACCCAUGAGACCAACACCCAGCUGCAGCUGAAGGCCAUGGCCCUGCUCAUCGCUCUGCUGCUGGCUGCCCCCGACACCGAGCGGCGGGACAUGAUGGACUACCUGAGGGAGAAGAACAUCAGGCAGUUCAUCCACAAGAACAUCAUCCACAGCUCUGAGCCCCUGGGGGACGAGAUGGCCCAUUACCUGUACGUGCUGCAGUCCGUCAGCCUCAACCUGCGCGAGCGCCGCAUGAGGACCUCCAUGGAUCCCUACUCCCAGGAGCAGCGGGAGCUCCUCCAGUCUCUCCGCCAAGCGGCCUUCGAGCCGGAGGGCGAGGCGCCCGCCGGCCCCUUCAGCACCGAGCGCCGGCGCUCGCUGUGCGCCAAGGAGUUCCGCAAGCUGGGCUUCACCAACAACAGCAACCCAGCAGAGGACCUCCGCCGUGCCCCACCAGGCCUUCUUGCCCUCGACAACAUGGUGUACUUCUCCAGGCACACCCCCAACGCCUACAGCAGGUUUGUCCUCGAGAACAGCAGCCGGGAGGACAAACACGAGUGUCCCUUUGCCCGAAGCAGCAUCCAGCUCAGCCUGAUCCUCUGCGAGAUCCUGCACGUCGGGGAGCCCUGCUCGGAGACGGCUCAGGCCUUUUACCCGAUGUUCUUCGGGCAGGAUCAUUUCUUUGAGGAGCUCUUCUGCAUCUGCAUCCAGCUAGUGAACAAGACCUGGAAGGAGAUGCGAGCUACCCAGGAGGACUUUGACAAGGUGCUGCAGGUGGUGCGGGAGCAGAUCACCAGGACCCUGUCCCUCAAACCCACCUCCCUGGAGCUCUUCAAGACCCGAGUGAACGCGCUGAACUACAGCGAGAUCCUGAGGCUGCGGCAGACAGAGCGGCUGCACCAGGAGGAGACGCUGGCUGUGCCCGUGCUGGAGCUGCGCGAGAGGCUGAAGCCGGAGCUGCUGGAGCUGGUGCGGCAGCAGCGGCUGCUCCACCUCUGCGAGGGCACCUUGUUCCGCAAGAUCAGCAGCCGCCGCAGGCAGGACAAGCUCUGGUACUGCCGCCUGUCGCCCAACCACAAGGUGCUGCACUACGGGGAUGUGGAGGAGGGGGUGUGCUCGCCCCCCAUCGAGAGCCUGCCAGAGAAAAUUCCUGUGGCCGACAUGAAGAUGCUGCUCGUGGGGAAGGAGUGUCCACACACAAAGGAGAAGAGCUCUGGGAAGCAGAACAAGGAUGUCCUGGAGCUGGCCUUCUCUGUGGUGUAUGACGUGGAGGAAUAUUCCCUCAACUUCAUUGCCCCCACCCGCUACGAGUUCUGCCUCUGGACAGAUGGGCUGAACGUGCUCCUGGGCAAGGAGAUGACGAGCGAGCGCACACAGACCGACCUGGACGUCCUGCUGUCCAUGGAGCUCAAGCUGCGGCUCCUGGACCUGGAGAACAUCAGCAUCCCUGACACCCCCCCUCCUGUCCCAAAGCCCCCCAGCAGCUUAAACUUCUGCUACGACUUCAGCCACGCAGAGCAGUGAGUUCCUCCCUGUGCCCCGUCCCCCCUCCAUUCACCCCCCAAAAUCAAACUUCUUCCUCCAGGCUCUGUCCCCCAUCUCCUGCCCAGAGGGACAAGCCCAGGUGCUGCCUGUCCCCUGCCCAUCACCCCCACCCUUCCCUGCCUGUGUCCUGCCUUCCUGCGACAGCACAGGGCUGAGCCACAGUGAGUCAGGCUCCUGUUCCAGGGGGGUGACCCAGCUGCUUUGCCCCCCGUCAUGGGCAGGUGACAGAAAAUAUCUUCCAGACAGCCCGACCCCUCAGUGCUUUGGGCAGAGAGGGCAGGGCUGCGGGCAGGAAUAAAGGUACGGGCAGCACUGGGACACCUGGAGGGGGGUCAGUACUGCAAAGGUACGAAUCUGCACUCCCUGUCAGUGGGGGGGAUCCUUUCUGGACAAGAAAGGGGUUAGAAGAGGAUAAAAUGCCCCUUUCAUAUCAUGAAUCCCCUGGGUUUGGCAAGGAGACGCCAUCUCCAGAGCACUGGGCGCCUGCCCAGCACAGAAACGUUGUCCUGCUCUGCCCUGGCUGCUCCCACUCAGGCUAUAGGGGUGCUGAGGGUACAAACCCCUCUCCCAGCACCUCUGGAGCUGGGUCAGGGCUCGCUGCCACCGUGCCUGGUGUAAGGAGGAGAUCCCGGGGCUCCGUCCUUAUUACCCGGCGUCGUGCCAGUCCUGGUGCCUCCCCCAGCCCGGGUGGAUCCUCGCACACUCCAGCCAUGCUGCUGCACUACUGCACCACCACAAGCUACCUCCUCCCCGGGCCCCCCCUGCCCCCUGUCCCAAACCUCCUCCUGCCUCUGGCUUCUCCCCGGGGUGUUGGGGCAACAGCCACAGGGCGCCGGGGCUGCCCCAGCCUCCCGCCCGCGGGGACAAUAAACACGUGUGGGAGAA